AUGCAGUUCCUCUACACAGUUAUCGCACUUACUUCACUUGCUGUCACUGGAAGUGCUGCCCCCACAGAUGCAGCUCCUCUGGUUGAGGCAAGACAGACUGCCGCUAGCCCAUGCGAGUCUAACCAGCACUUGGUCUGGAGAACAGGGUCGGAGCCUGGGUUUAAAAACAACGGAGGAUGGGAGAUAAUAAGGGAGGCUGCAGGGUUUACUUAUGGACAACUCAACUUCCUUACUACAGCUGUCUGA